GGCAGUACGUGGCAUUAGUCAUAUGUACGGGUGGAAAACCUCGACAUGUUAAAACACUUUUGUUAAACUUCAGGUCACUCGUGAGCUUCAUUGUUAGCGGAAAUCGACUUUUAAAGUAUUUGUCAAGGCCUAGAUACACAAAGAAAUAACAUCUGUAUCGUUUCAUUCUACACGUUGAAUGUUUCCAUUUCGUCAGACUGUGGCCAUUUUCCUGAUGGUUACAAAUGUGAUGCUGGUCUCUGUCGUGGUGUAUAAAACAUCACAGUUGUACACGAAACCAUACUCUGCCAUCUUCAGUAACUCGGUGAUCUGUCACAAGGCCACGUGUAAACCAGGUGAGACGUGCUGUGACGUCACUGCAACCAACAAAACCGUCAAUGGUUCUUUGUAUUGCUGUUACGAUCACUACGGGAAACGUAUUCCUAGUAUUAUGAUAAAGCACCUGGAAGAUAACUAUGAACGAGAUGUAAAAAAUGAUGACCAUCUCCAGAGGGUGAGGAAAGUUGCUGUUGUUGUAAACGAAGACAAAACUCAACAGAAACCCGCUGCUCAUCUGCAGAUGGACCCUGAUGCACAGUGUGACAAAGAUACACACAUCUCAGUUCUCCGGUGGAAAUCAAAUGGGAAGAGAUCGUUUGUGAAAGACGGACUCACUGUCGUUGAUGAAGGGAUUCGGGUGGAGAAAGAAGGGAACUAUUUCAUAUACAGCAAUGUCGUGUUUUACGGUAACCAGACUAAGGAACUCGAUUUCGCCAGACUUUGUCAUUACCUGUACAAACGCGUUCCCACAACAAGAAGGUCCAAAUUCCAACAGCUGUCGUCCAAUCCCCAGUCGACGUGUAAAAUCCGACAAGGGAAGCCCACCUUCGCGACAUCCUACAUCGGCGCUGUCUACCAUCUUGAUGCCGGGGCCACGGUGAUGGUGAAGACGUCGUCGGUGGAGAGACUUGUCAAACAGCCACAGUCGACCUACUUCGGAAUUUACAUGAUUUAAUAGUCUGAGAGUGGUCAGUCAUGGGUCGAUCGCCGUCGGUGGGCCCAUUGGCUAUUUCCUGUCUGUGGGAUGGUGCAUAUCAACGAUCCUUUGCUUGUAAUCAAAAAGAAUAGCACAUGAAGUGGCGACAGCGGGUUUCCUCUCUCAAUAUAUGUGUGGUCCUUAACCAUAUGUCUGACGCCAUAUAACCGCAAAUAAAAUGUGUUGAGUGCGUCGUUAACUAAAACAUUUCCUUCUUUCCUUCCUAACCAGAAUUACUCGAUAUUUACACCUGACAGUAACUCAAAUGAGAGAGAGAGAGAGAGAGAGAGAGAGAGAGAGAGAGAGAGAGAGAGAGAGAGAGAGAAUGAGAGAGAGAGAGAGAUAGUAUACUAUCUAAAAUGUCUACCAUUACUGUAUUAAGUUGUAAUUCAUAUAUGUUAAUAUUAUUUAACGACUGAACAGAGGACUUGGUAAUGCUUAUAAGCUUUUGAAGACGAAAAUAAUUUUAUUUCAGACUGAUAUAUUUAAAAUGUAUAUUUAUUAUAUGUCAUGUAAUAUUGAAAUUUUUAACAGUGUAUUAACAUUUAUUACCCACAUGCUCUACAAUAAACGGUUUUUUAAA